CGGACACCCGCCUGGACGAUGGAGACGCUCGCGCACGGGAUCGCCGGCAGCGCGGGCGGCAUGCUGGCCAUGGCGCUGCUGUACCCGCUGGACCAGAUCAAGACCAUCAUGCAGGUGGAGGCCAACGAGCUGGAGGAGGAGCCGGAGCAGGAGCAGGACAAGAAGCUGGAGGCCAAGCCGCCAGUGAAGCGAGCCCCCAAGAACUUCUGGGCGCAGGCGCUGCUGAUCCUCAGGAGGAAGAAGUGGCAGGUGUACCAGGGUCACGUGUCCACACAGGUCGCGCUUGGGGGAUCGAACUUCAUUUACUUCUUCUGCUACAACGGACUCAAGACGCAGCUCUUGAAGCGGCUGCAGCAGCCGAAUCGACAGAUGAGCGGCAAUGUCACGCCUGUGCAGAAUCUCGCGCUGUCCUGCCUCGCCGGCGUUAUCAACGUCUACAUUUGUGCGCCGUUGUGGGUCGCCAACAUGCGGCUCAAGUCCAAGGACGCCGCCAAGUACUCCGGUGUCAUUGACUGUUUGCGCAAGGUCACCGCGAACGAAGGAUUCCUCUCGCUAUGGAACGGCGCGCUGGCGUCGCUGGUGCUCGUGUCCAACCCGGUGAUCCACUACGUCAGCUACGAGCGCAUGAAGAUUGCGCUUCAAAAGAAGCGUCACGCCGCUGGCCCGGCAGGGGCAGCGCUUUCUGCUUUGGAUAUCUUCGUGCUCGGAGCGUUGGCCAAGUCGUUCACGACCGUGGUCACGUACCCGCUGCAGGUCGCGCAGUCGCUGAUGCGAGUGCAGCAUAAGUCGCCGCAAGAAAACCCCGCUCGGUCCUCCAGCUUGGCUGGGUGUCUCGCCCAGAUUUACGCCGACAGAGGCGUGGCCGGCUACUUUGCCGGCCUGCAGGCCAAGCUGCUGCAAACCGUGCUCACCGCCGCGAUCUCCCUGGUCACGUACGAGAAACUGCUGGCGCUGAUCUUGCUCAUGAUGCGGCAGCCGGCGAAACCAAUCGCCCAGAAGGCGGCAGCGUAG